AUGAGCUACGGUGCACCUUCAAGCCCCUGCACACAGUUGCAUACACAGCUCACGCCUGCUCAAAUCCGACUCAUCCAGUCCCAUGAAGACUUCGGAGAAGUACGCGUCCCAGUCAGCGAAUUAAAUCUCUCAAACUUCCUGCGCAACCAGAUCGAUCUUGAGGCUUCAUCGCAAGACACAGCGAUGGUAUCGAAGCUCGUUGCCCGAUUGCGAGACGCAAAAGCUGGCGAUGAAGAUGACGGUGGCGAUGAAGGUGGCCACAGCGUCUUGGCCCAUAUCCUGAGCUUCACAGUUCUCGGUGAUGAAAGUGGGGAGCUGGCCCCAGAGGGCCGCAUGUUACUGUGGAAAUGGGCUAAACCUCACAGUCAGUACCGGAAGACAGGCUCCUGGAGCCAUAGCUUGACACAGGUCCUGGUCGAUGCCGAGUGGAACACUGGUAAAGAUGUCACGAUGUACGUGAAGGCUGUUGAAGAGGAGGAGUAUGAGAGGGUGUUGAAAGGCGAGAUGAAGACAUAA